UUUGAUGUGAAAAUUUGAAACAUUUGCAAUAUGCAAACGCAUAAAAUAUACAAAUAACAUACACAGCAGUUGGCGAGUGUAGCAGACGAGCUAAACAACAACACAGAGAAACGCGUACGCCCUGUUGCGGUCGUCGAAACCUGCAGCAGCGCGAAAGUUGCCGUCGCUGCGAACACACAACUGCCACUCACUACACACAUAAGCACACACACAGAGACGAACACCGUAAUUAGUUAAAGAGGAAGGCAAUAAAGAAAAAAAAGUAACACAACUAACGAAACGACCUUGGAGUUGCAUACAAUAUGCAAAAUAACUCCACGAAAACCAAGGAAAUGUUUAUUGUGCGUGCUCUUGAGAAAAUCCUUGCCGAUAAGGACAUACGGCGCUCACACCACUCGCAGCUGAAAAAGUCCUGUGACACGGCACUCGAACAGAUCAAAGCGGAACUCAUCAGUGCGGGUCAGAUUGCCGAAGGCAAUGAGCUGCCCUGCGCCGCGCUACCGCUGCCCAAAAACGAUGCGGCGAGCAUUAUCAAUGCGGAAACAUAUUUCCUGCCGUUCGAGUUGGCGUGCAAGAGUCGGUCGCCACGUAUUGUGGUCACAGCGCUGGAUUGCCUGCAGAAGCUGAUCGCCUAUGGUCAUUUGACGGGCGCCAUUCAGGACUCUGCGAAUCCUGGUCACCUGCUCAUCGAUCGCAUUGUCAUCACCAUCUAUGGCUGUUUUAACGGUCCCCAGACGGACGAGGGUGUUCAGCUGCAGAUCAUUAAGGCACUGCUCACAGUGGUCACAUCCCAGCAUGUGGAGAUACAUGAGUUUACACUGCUGCAGGCGGUGCGCACCUGCUAUGACAUCUAUCUAUCCAGUAGGAAUCUGGUCAAUCAGACAACGGCGCGUGCCACUCUAACCCAGAUGCUCAAUGUGAUCUUUGCUCGUAUGGAGAAUCAAGUUUACGAAGUCGCCCCAACGCCAUCGACGACAACAGUAACGACAACGACGCUAAAUGGCAGCGUCGGCAGUCCGGAGAGCAAUGGAGAAGAAAUCACAGCAGAAACAUCGGAUAGUGAUGAAGUGAUUGCCUCGGAACUGUUGGCUGAGAUAAUUACAGCUGCAUUCAAUGAGGUGAUGAAGGAACAGAAUCAAGACCAGGAGCUACCUGAAUUGGAGCCAUCUGUCAAUGGGAACGGCUCGGCGGAUUCUUCGCACUCGGAUCACGACAGCGUUGAGUUGCAUAGCGAGAACGAUGCAAUCGUAACGGCGAAAUUCACACACAUUCUGCAGAAGGACGCGUUUCUGGUAUUCCGAGCCCUGUGUAAAUUAUCGAUGAAGCCACUCCCCGAGGGACAUCCCGAUCCGAAGUCACACGAGUUGCGCUCCAAGGUGCUGUCGUUGCACCUGCUGCUGCUUAUACUGCAAAAUGCUGGCCCCGUCUUCCGCUCCAACGAGAUGUUCAUCAUGGCCAUCAAACAGUAUCUGUGCGUCGCCUUGUCUAACAAUGGGGUGAGCCUCGUCGCUGAGGUCUUUGAGCUAUCUCUGUCCAUUUUUGUGGCGUUGCUCUCGAAUUUUAAGGUGCAUCUGAAGCGCCAAAUUGAGGUCUUCUUCAAGGAGAUUUUUUUGAACAUUUUGGAGGCGAACUCGAGCUCAUUUGAGCACAAAUGGAUGGUCAUCCAGGCACUGACGCGCAUCUGUGCGGAUGCCCAGUCCGUGGUCGAUAUUUAUGUGAACUACGAUUGCGAUUUCUCGGCGGCCAAUCUCUUUGAGCGUCUCGUCAAUGAUCUCUCCAAGAUUGCCCAGGGUCGGCAGGCGCUGGAGCUGGGCGCCAAUCCCAUGCAGGAGAAAUCAAUGCGCAUACGCGGUCUCGAGUGUCUCGUCUCCAUUUUGAAGUGUAUGGUCGAGUGGAGCAAGGAUCUUUACGUUAAUCCCAACAUGCCUGCGCCGGCUCUGCAGGUGCAGUCGCUGCAGUCACCCAGUUCGCAGCAGGAGACACAGCUUGGGGACAAUGUGGACUCGCUGUCGGCGCACAAUUCUAGCCUGCGGUCGACUCUUGGCGGUUCCAGCCAUAGUCUUAACUCGUAUGGCAGCGUAAAGAAUCAGGAGCUGUUGGAUCUGCCCGAAGCGCUAGAGGAACGCAAAAUGCGCAAAGAGGUGAUGGAGACGGGCAUUGAGCUGUUCAAUCGCAAGCCGCAGAAGGGCGUGCAAUUUCUGCAGGAGAAGCAACUGCUGGGCAGCAGUUGCCAGGACAUUGCCCGUUGGCUGCACGAUGACGAGCGCCUGGACAAGACCGUCAUUGGCAAUUAUCUGGGCGAGAACGAUGAUCACUCCAAGGAGGUGAUGUGCGCCUAUAUCGAUGCCUUCGAUUUUCGUCAGCUGGAAGUGGUUGCCGCCUUGCGCAUCCUACUCGAGGAAUUUCGUUUGCCGGGAGAGGCGCAGAAAAUCGAUCGACUCAUGGAGAAAUUUGCGAGCAGAUAUUGCGAAUGCAAUCCACAGAAUCAGCUAUUCCAGAUGGCUGACACCGUCUAUGUGCUGGCCUUUAGCAUAAUAAUGCUGACGACCGAUUUGCAUUCGCCGCAGGUGAAGCACAAGAUGACCAAGGAGCAAUAUAUUAAAAUGAAUCGCGGCAUCAGCGACAGUAAGGAUGACUUGCCCGAGGAGUAUCUGUCAUCCAUCUACGAUGAGAUCGCCGAGCAUGAGAUUAAAAUGAAGAAUAAUACAACAAUGCUGAUGGUACCCAAGCCAGCUGGCAAGCAACCGUUUAUCACUGAGAAGCGACGAAAAUUGUUGUGGAAUAUGGAAAUGGAGGUCAUAUCGCUUACGGCUACCAAUCUGAUGCAGUCGGUUUCCCAUGUCAAGUCGCCAUUUACAUCGGCCAAACAUUUGGAGCAUGUGCGUCCCAUGUUCAAAAUGGCCUGGACUCCAUUUCUGGCCGCCUUCUCUGUGGGCCUGCAGGUCUGUGAUGACCCGGAGAUUGCCACACUCUGCCUGGACGGCAUCCGUUGCGCUAUACGCAUAGCCUGCAUCUUUCACAUGUCCCUGGAGCGGGAUGCAUAUGUUCAGGCACUCGCGCGCUUCACCCUGCUAAAUGCCAAUUCGCCCAUCAAUGAGAUGAAGGCCAAGAAUAUUGAUACCAUCAAGACGCUUAUUAUGGUCGCCCAUACGGAUGGCAAUUAUCUGGGCAGCAGCUGGCUGGACAUUGUCAAGUGCAUCAGUCAGCUGGAGCUGGCACAACUUAUUGGCACCGGAGUGCGGCCUCAGUUCCUGUCAGGUGCGCAGACCACGCUCAAGGAUACGCUCAAUCCGAGCGUCAAGGAGCACAUUGGCGAGACGAGCAGCCAGAGCGUUGUGGUUGCCGUCGAUCGCAUCUUUACCGGUUCCAUUCGACUUGAUGGCGAUGCCAUUGUGGACUUUGUCAAAGCCCUUUGCCAGGUCUCAGUGGAUGAGCUGCAGCAGACGCAGCCGCGCAUGUUCUCGCUGCAGAAGAUCGUCGAGAUUAGCUACUACAACAUGGAGCGUAUUCGUUUGCAAUGGUCACGCAUCUGGCAGGUGCUCGGCGAACAUUUCAAUACAGUUGGCUGCAACAGCAACGAGGAGAUUGCAUUCUUUGCAUUGGACUCACUGCGUCAGCUCUCCAUGAAGUUCAUGGAGAAGGGCGAAUUUAGCAACUUCCGCUUCCAGAAGGACUUUUUGCGUCCCUUCGAGCACAUCAUGAAGAAGAACAACUCGCCGGCCAUACGCGACAUGGUCGUCCGCUGCAUCGCCCAGAUGGUCAACUCUCAGGCUCAUAACAUACGGUCGGGUUGGAAGAACAUCUUUUCCAUUUUUCAUCUGGCUGCUGGGGAUCAUGAGGAGCCGAUUGUGGAGCUAGCAUUCCAGACGACGGGUAAAAUCAUUGGCGAGCUGUAUCGACGCCAGUUUGCUGUUAUGGUCGACUCCUUCCAGGAUGCCGUCAAGUGCCUGUCGGAGUUUGCGUGCAACGCGCGCUUUCCGGAUACCAGCAUGGAAGCCAUACGGCUGGUCCGCAACUGUGCCCAGUGCGUUCACGAUGCCCCCCAGCUGUUUGCCGAGCAUGCGGGCAUGGAGAACGAUGCCUCCGUAGCGGAGGAGGAUCGUGUUUGGGUGCGCGGCUGGUUUCCCAUGCUCUUCUCGCUGUCGUGUGUCGUCAAUCGCUGUAAACUGGAUGUGCGCACUCGCGGCCUGACCGUGCUCUUCGAAAUUGUCAAGACGCAUGGGGAUAGCUUCAAGCCGAACUGGUGGAAGGAUCUCUUUAAUGUGAUCUUCCGCAUCUUUGACAACAUGAAGCUGCCGGAGCACGUGACCGAGAAAUCCGAAUGGAUGACAACGACCUGUAAUCAUGCUCUGUAUGCCAUCAUCGAUGUCUUCACCCAGUACUUUGAUGUCCUCGGCCAUCUGCUGCUGGAGGAGCUGUUUGCCCAGCUGCACUGGUGUGUGCAGCAAAACAACGAACAGCUGGCACGUUCCGGUACCAAUUGCCUGGAAAAUCUGGUCAUCUCGAAUGGGUUCAAGUUCAACGAGGUGACGUGGGAUAAGACCUGCCAGUGCAUACUGGAUAUAUUUAAUGCGACGCUGCCAAAGGAACUGCUCACCUGGCGACCCAGUAAAGGCAACGAGCAGCAGGCGCAGCAGCAGCUGCCACGCCGUGCCUCCACAACACCACAUUCCACUCAGGAGCCGCCGCCGGUCAUGGCGAUGGCACACAAUCACUUCGAGGCGCUGCACAUCAAGUGUGUGGUGCAGCUGGAGCUCAUACAGACCAUGGACAACAUCGUCUUUUUUCCGGCCACGUCGCGCAAAGAGGAUGCCGAGACGCUGGCGCAGGCAGCCGCCGAUCUGAGUGGCUGUGCCCAGUCGCAACAGUUGCAGCUGGAUUGUCAGCGUGAGGAGCAGGGCAUGUACGGCUAUUUGCGGACACGGCAGCUCUUCACGCUGGCCGAAUGCCUGAUGCAGUCGCAUCGCUUCGCUAAGCGCUUUAAUGCCGAUCAGGAUCAGCGCAAUCUGCUGUGGCGCGCUGGCUUCAAAGGCUCCGUCAAGCCGAAUCUGCUCAAGCAGGAGACCGCCUCGCUGGCCUGUGUGCUGCGCAUAUUUUUCAAAAUGUACGGCGAUGAGAAUCGACGCAGCGAUUGGCCCGGCAUUGAGCAGGAACUGGUACAGGUGUGCAAGGAGGCACUCGGUUAUUAUCUCAGUCUCAGUGAGGCGCAUCGUGAUGCGUGGACAUCCUUGCUGCUGCUCAUCCUGACACGACUGCUCAAGAUGUCCGAUGCGAGAUUUGCGACGCAUGUGUCCAACUAUUACAGCCUGCUGUGCGAGAUGAUGUGCUUUGAUCUGAAGCCCGAACUGAGAAGUGUCCUUAGGCGCGUCUUUAUGCGCAUCGGUCCAGUAUUCAAUAUUAUGAAUGUCAAUCAGAAUGUGAAUGUUAAAUAGUCAAGGCGCACGCACUUAACAGCCACGCCCUCUGCGACGCGCUGCUUUCUUUGGCGUACCCCCCAAUCCUAAAAAUGUAAUCCUAAGUUAUCAUAUCCUGGGUUUGUUGUUAUGUUGUUUCAUUUUUGUCCCUUGGCCUCCUCCGAAAGCAGAAUAUAUUAUAUAUUUUUAUUAUAUUUAUA